AUGUCAUCUGAAAAACCAAAAGUUAAAAAUGAUUGGCGAGAUUAUAUCUGCUUGAUCCUUUUGUUUGUCAUUAACUUGCUUAAUUACAUGGAUCGAUUUACAGUUGCUGGCGUCUUGACGCAGGUUCAAACAUUUUUUUCGAUUGAUGAUACCGGAGCAGGUUUACUACAGACAAUAUUUAUUGUAUUCUAUAUGGUAGUUGCACCGCUGUGUGGUUUUCUCGGCGAUCGAUGUAAUCGUAAAUGGGUAAUGAUCAUUGGUAUAGCAACAUGGAUUCUUGCUGUCAUAGCAUCAUCAUUCGUGCCCGCUAAUCUGUUUUGGUUAUUUCUACUAUUACGAGGUGUUGUUGGUAUUGGCGAAGCAUCAUAUGCAACAGUUGCACCAACAGUAAUUGCUGAUAUAUUUUCAACUUCGGUGCGCAGUAGAGGAAUCAUGUUUUUUUAUUUCGCGAUACCAAUUGGAAGUGGUAUGGGCUAUAUCGUAUCAUCGAAUGUUUCAUCGUUACUGGGUAGUUGGAAGUGGGGUCUCCGGAUGACACCAUUUCUAGGCGCGUUAUGUAUCCCGGGUGUCAUCCUGGUUAUGAAAGAACCGAAACUUGGCCAAGCGGAAAGUGUCGCUGCUAACAGUCUACAGAGAACUUCAUAUUGGGAAGAUAUCAAAGCAAUUUGUGCAAUUCCAACCUAUGUUUAUGCAACACUCGCUUAUACAUCAGUGAUAUUUGCAACAGGCACAUUAUCGUGGUGGGGACCGACGGCCAUCGAACAUUCCGUCGCUAUGAAGCAGAAUUUGAAUAAUACUUAUCAACUCAGCAGUGAACAAAAAAAUAGUAUAUCACUCACUUUUGGUAUAAUAACGGUAGUUGGUGGAAUUUUGGGUGUUUCAAGUGGUACAGUGUUGUCACAGGUCGGUUUUAAUUAUGGUGUUAAAAAGAUCGAUAAAUGCGAGAUUGCAAAUUGCUGUAAAUUUUGGUCACACGGUAAAUGGUGCUGUAAGCCUAUUAGAACAGUUCGCUCCAAUGCUUUGGUAUGCGCUAUUGGAUCUAUGCUUGCAGUACCAUUUCUUUUUAUGGGCCUUCAUUUAUGCACAAUAAAUAUCAGCCUUGCUUGGGUGUUCAUCUUUUUAACAGUCGUAUCGCUAUGCUUAAAUUGGGCCAUAAGCAUCGAUAUGCUUCUUGAUAUAAUCGUACCGCAGCGACGAUCGAUUGCAAAUUCAUGGCAAAUCCUUAUAUCACAUUUGUUUGGUGAUGCUUCUGGACCGUACAUUGUUGGUUUGGUAUCUGAUUGGAUACGAGGCCCCGAUAGUACUCCAGCAGCAUGUUUUCAGUCAUUAGCUAAAGCAUUUUACAUACCUAAUAUUGUGUUAAUUAUCAGUGUUUUACUGUUCUUCGGUGCCGCAGCGUCUUUUAUUCGUGAUCGAAACAGAUUUUUACAGCAAAUAGACUGUUCAAAAUACGGUCGUUCCAGUGCCAUAUAUAACGGUAAUGAGGUGAAUAUUGGAAAUGGUGCAAUAAACAGUGCACUUAAAUAA